CUUGCUCGAGUUCAGCUCGAGGUCGCCGGAGCGAAAGUGGUUGACCAAUUCUUUUGUUUAUAGCUGGAAGAAGGUUGUGAUCAAGGAUUUUGAGUGUGGGAAUUCGUGUAGGUGCGAUCGGAGUUUUGGAUUGUACGGACGAGACAUGGAUCACUACGCGGUGACAUUCUCUAACAAAUACAAGAAUAUGACGGAAGGAGCAGACCCCAUCAUCGACAACUGGCCACUGAUGGGCUCACCGAUUCCGGUUCUCGCCAUCGCCGCGCUGUACCUCUCAUUCGUGCUGCACCUCGGCCCUCGAUGGAUGCGGAACCGCAAACCGCUGGAAAUGAAGAGGACACUCAUACUGUACAACGCCACUCAGGUGGUGUUCUCGGUCCUGCUCUGCAUCCAGCCUUUCUUCAUCGGCGGCCUGAGUCAUAUGUUCAAUGUUUCCUGCAAUGCUAGCACCGCAUUGGACAAAAGCACACAGAUGGCGAUUUGGAAGGGUACCUGGUGGUAUUUGGUGAUGAAGGUGAUCGAACUGCUCGAUACGGUGUUCUUCGUGCUGCGCAAAAAACACAAUCAGGUCUCAUUCCUGCACGUUUAUCACCACACAAUCAUGGUGGUAUUCACUUGGGGCUACCUCAAAUAUCUGCCAGGAGCCCAAGGCGCUUUUCUCGGCAUCCUGAACUCGUUCGUCCAUAUCGUGAUGUACACGUAUUACCUCAUAGCGGCCCUUGGACCCCGGUACCAGAAGUACCUCUGGUGGAAGAAGUACAUGACGACGCUGCAGUUGCUGCAGUUCGGCAUCAUGUUGGUCUAUCUGUUCCUUAUCAUAACUUUCCAGUGCAGUGCGCCACGUUCGCUCAGCUUCUUCUUCGUGAUCAAUGUGACCAUCUUUCUGUUUCUGUUUUGGAACUUUUACCGGAACGCGUAUGGUCAGCGGGAGCGCUGCGGGAAACAGAAGGCGCAGUGAGGAGUAAGCAGGAGAAAAGGCGGAUGAUUUGCAUAGAGAUGUUGUUGCCGAUUGAUAUGAUGAAAAUGCUGUAAUAUUUUUAUGCAUAAGAAAAAGUAUUAUAUAAUUUAUUCUAGAAAAUUAAAAGUAUUCAAGCUUGUUUCUCCAAUUUCAUUUUACGUUCUUCGAAUCACUGGGUUAAAUACAUGGCUCUAGAUACUCUAGAGUCUAGACUUAAGCUUGAAAUAAAAUUAUUUUCGUAUCAGGUGUACUCUUUUCAGAUCUUUUGAAAUCAAACCAUUAAAUAUUUGUCAGUCAAUUCACAUAAAGACAGUACUCGGAAAAAGUGCAACAGUAAAAAAUGAUCACCAAAAAUUAAUUUUAAGUCGGAUACAUUUGAAACUCUCA